UGUGAAGCGUUGUUAUAAUAUCAGGAUUAUUUCUCGAGACACGUUCUUCCCUCGACGUCUGGUUUCUAUUUAGAUGGCAAGCUUUCCCGAUUUUGUAAACGAAAAUGAAAUAGCAAGAUCACGGACCAUUGGGGAACUUAUAUCACCCACUUCUCCAUUUGAACAGAAGUAUGGCCGUGAAAACUGGACAGUGGCUUUUGCUCCAGAUGGUUCCUAUUUCGCUUGGUCUCAGGGUCAUCGUAUUGUGAAACUGGUUCCUUGGACUCAGUGCCUUAAGAAUUUUGCUGCUGUCAGUACAAAAAAUAGUGUUAACUUGACGAAUGCAAGGUUGUCAAGACAGAACAGUGAUGUGGCACAGAGAAACAAACCACAGGAGCAUACCAUAGACUGUGGGGAUAUCGUGUGGAGCCUGGCUUUUGGAUCCUCAGUGCCAGAAAAGCAGAGUCGUUGUGUGAAUAUAGAAUGGCACCGCUUCAAAUUUGGGCAGGACCAACUUCUCCUUGCCACAGGGCUGGGCAAUGGGCGCAUCAAGAUCUGGGAUGUUUAUACAGGGAAGCUCCUCCUUAAUCUGAUGGAUCAUACUGAAAUUGUAAGAGAUUUGACAUUUGCCCCAGAUGGCAGCCUUAUACUUGUUUCUGCUUCCAGAGACAAAACACUCAGGGUGUGGGACCUGAAAGAUGAUGGCAACAUGAUGAAAGUGUUAAGGGGACACCAAAACUGGGUGUAUUGCUGUGCAUUCUCCCCUGAUUCCUCCAUUUUGUGUUCCGUUGGAGCUGGUAAAGCAGUAUUUCUGUGGGAUAUGGAUAAAUACAAUAUGAUCCGUAAGCUAGAAGGGCACUACAAUGAUGUGGUAGCAUGUGAGUUCUCUCCUGAUGGAGCUUUGUUGGCUACUGCAUCCUAUGAUACCAGGGUGUAUGUUUGGGAUCCCCAUAUUGGGUCUAUCCUUUUUGAACUUGGACACUUGUAUCCUCCACCCACACCCAUAUUUGCAGGGGGAGAUAAUGGACGAUGGGUGAGAUCUGUCUCAUUUAGUCACGAUGGAGUACACAUUGCAAGUCUUGCUGACGACAGGUUAGUGAGGUUUUGGCGCAUUGAUCGCUCAUAUCCCAUUGAAGUUGCACCUCUAAAUAAAGGUCUUUGCAGUGCCUUUUCUACUGAUGGCAGUGUUCUAGCUGCUGGAACUCAGGAUGGAAAUGUACAUUUCUGGGCUACUCCCACUUAUGUUUCCAGCCUUCAGCACUUAUGUCGUAUGGCAAUAAGAAGAGUGAUGACUACAAGUCAAGUCCAGAAGCUGCCAGUGCCUCCAAAAAUUAUGGAGUUUCUUACAUACCAAAUUAUAUAAGGAACACUUUUUUUUUCCCCCCAUCAACUGGCUCCAUUUGAUGAAACUGGCAACACACCCAAAUGCAUUAUACCAUUUAUGCUUUAAAUGUUUCAACUUAUUUGAAUAUUUAAAGUACAGUAUUUAAACACAUUGAUGCAUUUCUGAUCAUGCUGAGCUUUAAAUGCGAUUAAGGGGUGUUCUACAUCCCUACAAGGUGAAAUUGGAAUGUGGACUCACAAUCUGUACAACUGUGAAACUGUAAAUACAUAUGUAAGCUGCUA